CAGGGAAGAUCGCCGUUCACGCUCGUCCCGGGAGGGGGCGAAGAGCCCGCGGCAAAGGGGAACCCGGCAGGCUCCCCCGCCUUCGCUGCCCCUCCGCCGCCACAGCCUCGGGGGGCCCGGGGCAAACAGAAGCCGGCCGGGGGCCUCCGGCUCCCUUGACCUGCGUGCUGGGCGCAUGUGCGUAGCGCUGCCUCUCCCCCCCCUCCUCCUCCCUGUGGGAAGCUGCCCCAGCGUUUGCUUCCUUCCCCACCUUCUUAGCUUACCGCUCCAGACUUCCUCCUCCCGGGGCCCGGCGCUCGCUCGCUCGCUCGCUCGCACGCGCUCGCGAGCCCCCGCCGCGAGCGCGAGCCUCGGCCAGGCGAGCGAAGAGGCAGGCAGGCAGGCGAGCGAGCGAGCGAGCGAGCGGGCGGACGGGAGAGCGAGCGAGCGAGCCAACGAGAGCCGAGGCAGCGGGAGCGGCAGCAGCCAAGAUGGAGUCGCGGCUGAACCUGCAGGGAGCGAGCGAGCGUGUCUAGGGCUCCCGGCCCGCCGCUUGGACCGGCCGGGGGCCCAUGGCCUGGCCCCUCUCAGGCCCCCCUUGGCUUCUCCCUCGGCCGGCGCCGCGGGGCUCCGGCGACUAGCCGCCCUUCGCCAGGGAAGAAGCGCUGGGGCGCUCUCCGUUUCUGCGCCGCCGGGGAUCCCGCGCUCCGAGCCUCCCGGCACGAUGCUGCCGUCGCAGGAGGCCUCCAAACUGUACCAUGAUAACUACAUGCGGAACUCGCGGGCCAUCGGCGUGCUCUGGGCCAUCUUCACCAUCUGCUUCGCCAUCAUCAACGUGGUCGUCUUCAUCCAGCCUUACUGGAUCGGCGACAGCGUCAGCACGCCCAAGCCGGGCUAUUUCGGCCUCUUCCACUAUUGUGUGGGCAACGAAGGCAACAACCGGGAACUCACCUGCCACGGCUCCUUCGCCGACUUCCGCAGCAUUCCCUCCGGCGCCUUCAAGGCCGCCUCCUUCUUCGUGCUGCUCUCCAUGGUGCUGAUCUUGGGCUGCAUCACUUGCUUUUCCCUCUUCUUCUUCUGCAACACGGCCACGGUCUACAAGAUCUGUGCUUGGAUGCAGCUAUUGGCAGCUCUCUGCCUGGUGCUGGGCUGCAUGAUAUUCCCAGAUGGCUGGGACUCAGAAACCAUCAGGGACAUGUGCGGGGAGAAGACGGGGAAGUAUUCGCUGGGCGACUGCUCUGUGCGCUGGGCUUAUAUCUUAGCCAUCAUUGGCAUCUUGAAUGCCCUUAUCCUCUCCUUCCUGGCCUUCGUCCUCGGCAACCGGCAGAACGACCUGCUUCUAGAGGAGCUCAAAACAGAGAACAAAGAUUUUGUUGGCACUGCGAGGAUAUAAUGUAGAAGAGGCAGGAAGCCCCUUUCACUGGUACCUGGACUCUCAUCCUUUCCUCCUCAUUUCCCUCAUGGCCUUUCUUUUGCGGCUGCCAACCAGGGGGAAAACCCUGCCCCACUCCACGGUGUCCGAAUUCGCCGAUCUCACCUGCGUGCCGUUUCCAGAGACAUGGCCAUCCCUCAUGAUCUGCCAGCUUUGACUCGUAUUCCCUCUGCUGAUUG